AUGCUACUGCUGCCUGCCGGUGUGGUAGCAACCGCAACAAAAUUCAACACUUGCAUCGAAGAAAAUUGUGGGAAGAGAAAAGUUUUGCAAGCAAUCAAGCUCUACAAUGAGCAGGUGCCAGAUGAAGAGGAGAGGAGCAUCACUGAGGAGAAGGUGGUGAGUGGACUGUCUGUGGGGGGAGGAGACAGUGGGCCAGACAGUCUAAUAUGGCCGUGGGAAGUGCACAGCAGUGGAGGGAGUUGUCCGAGGCCCAGAAAGAGCUCAAGUUACCUCAACACAAGAAAAGCCAGACACCUUGUCCCCACAUGGCAGGAUGUAGAAGUCCUUGAGGCGGUCAACAACUCCCUUUCUCCACUUGCUGAAUUCACUGAUGCUCUUUCAGGAGAGCAAUAUGUAAGUGUAUCAUAUGUGAAGCCUGUACUUCAUUUGUUCAACAAUAAAAUCUUGGCAGAGAAAGAGGGAGAAACAGAACGGUCAAAAUGCAUCAAGAAGAAGAUCCUGGACUACCUGAAUGAGAAGUAUGAUGAUCCACAGACUCAAGAGUUGCUUGACAUGGCUUCUGCAAUUGAUCCCAGAUUCAAGCUCAAGUACGUCAACAAAGAUAGAGUUGAAGGUGUCAAGAUUCGUUUGAGAACUGAAAUGGCAUCAAUAACUUCAGUCAUGAAGCUUCAGCCAUCUGUGACUGUGACUGUUAGAGAGGAAGCAGAAGACCAAAAUGCACCACCCUAUCCAAUACGCAGGAGAACUCACACAGGGAAAGGCUGUUGA